UCUCAAAUUCUCAGACUUCAGUGUUAGAAUGGAACCAUGAGUGAGAGGAGGUGUCGCCGGUCAGUGCUCGGGUUAAGCCCGUACGUUUUACUUUCCUGUUUAUUUUUGACGUCGGCGGAACACACAUGCAACCACGUCCAUCCCAAACCCGACGAGGUGAUCUACAACGUGCACUUGGAGCCAGCUCACGUGGUACGGAAGAGAAGUGUUGACCAGCCUCUAAGAAUCUCCCUCUACUACGAUGACUCGGUCUAUGGGCUAUCAACCGAAAAAUAUGACCUUAUACAUAAAACUGUUUUACCGUCCGCUGUCUCGUAUUGGCAAAAGGCUCUGAUGGUCCGGCGCACGGAGAGCGUCAUUCGACUGAACAGGAGAUGCGAGAAGAACCAGGUGUUUCUGAUCAAAGGUGAGCCCCACCCCUUCUGCAAGAGUAAGUGCGAGGCUGUGACCAUGUGCGGAGAGGUUCAGGUGCCCGAGGAACACCUUCAUGCAUGUCGCGUGUGCAACACCUUUGGCCAGAACUGCCACGAAGUGAACGAAGAGAUAGGAGAGGGCAUUCCCGGCGCAGAUUUCGUGUUCUACAUAUCUGCCUUAGAAACUGAGCGCUGUAAAAGGGGCUACACAGUGGCCUAUGCAGCACACUGCCAACAGGAAGCAGCUCUAGACAGACCAAUCGCAGGCCAUGCCAAUCUCUGCCCUGGCUCCAUCAGUACAAAAGUCCAAGAGCUUGAAACCUUGAUCUCUACGGUGAAGCAUGAAAUCCUCCACGCUUUGGGCUUCUCAAUUUCUCUCUACGCCUUUUAUCGGGACGACGAUGGUAACCCGUUAACUAAUCGUACAGAGAAUGGGAAGCCUAUGUUGAAUGAAGUUCUGCAAGCAAGACAGUGGAGCGAUCGGGUAAUUAAACGUGUCACGAGGCGAAAGUGGCAGAUUCGUGGGGGUGUUGCAACAAAGGAAGUGAAUAUGGUGGUCACUCCCAGGGUUGUGGAAGAAGUACGCAACCACUUCAACUGUCCUGACCUAGAGGGUGCCGAGUUGGAAGAUCAGGGACAGGAAGGAACUGCUCUUACACACUGGGAGAAGAGAGUUUUCGAGAAUGAAGCCAUGACUGGAACCCACACCCAGAACCCGGUCUAUUCGAGAAUAACAUUAGCUCUGAUGGAAGACACUGGGUGGUAUCGAGCAAACUAUAACCUGGCCCAGCCUCUGAAGUGGGGUCGACACUUGGGCUGUACGUUCGCCAUGAAGAGUUGCAAGGAAUUCAUGGAAGAACAGACAAAAAAGGGUAAGAGCAUCCACCCAUUUUGCAACAAGGUGAAAAGAGAUCCACUUGAAACAGACUGUACAGAAGAUCGAAGUUCAGUUGCAUUAUGUAACCUUAUAGAACAUCCUAAUCAGCUGCCGCCACAUUAUCAGAAUUUUGGAGCAAUACCGCAUGUGUCUGCACAGCGAGUUGGCCACUAUGGUGGAUCAGUUGCUCUAGCAGAUUACUGCCCUUACAUCCAGGAGUUCACGUGGAAGAGCCAGGACAUUAUCAUUAGGGGGUCACACUGCCAGUUUGGAGAAAACAAUCCAGACCCAGAGAGAAACUUUGCUCUCGAGUCCUACACCGAUGACAGCAAGUGCUUCAAUCAGCAGCGAGAGUGGACCGAGCGUACCUGUUACCACCUGAGACAGUGGCAACACUGGGGGUCUGGUUGCUAUCAGUAUAUGUGUGUGGACGGACGACUCCACAUCAUCGUUGCCAAUCAUACUUAUACGUGCUAUCAUGCCAACCAGGUAAUCAAUAUAUCAAUCUUCCAAAAUGGAUGGCUGCACGAGGGGGCGAUAGUCUGCCCACCAUGUGAGGAGAUAUGUGAGGAGGAGAUGAUAUGCAAAAAAGGAACGGAGCCUCCUGUAUCAGCCGAGUAUUAUAGAGAUCAACUGGUGUGUCAAGGCUGCAAUCUCCAGGUCCUUCAGUCUGUCGUUGUAUUGUCCCUUUUAUGGCAACUCCUUCAAACAUUUCAAUUUUACCCCGGAAGACUUUGACCCACAAGAAAUUAGCAAUUUUUAAAAAGUAAUUUAAGUUAUGGGGAUUUAAUUUGUAUUUUCGUGAAAGUCCACAUUGUAAGAGACAGCUGUGAAGACUUCAUAUUCAUUUCCCUGCCGCGAUUCGUGCUACAGUAUUGAUAGAAGUCAUUCCGUAGGUUAGUCAAGAGGGAUCUUUAUUCAGGUAAAUGACCAAGUUUUGAAGUUACAGUGCCGUUUUGUUUACAGACUUUUGAAAACUUUUUCUUUAUAUAAAAUUUCUGUUACCUUUUAGGAUUAAAUCUCACGAAACUUUUCAGUGUGACUCACGCUGUAUGAGUCUUCUUCAACUUCCUGUCAUUUUAUAUAAGUUUGGUUAUUUACAAGGUGUUUGUCUUUUUUUUUAAGUAGAAUAGGGUUUAGUUUAUAUUUUGAUAUUUUGUACCACAGAUUUAUUUAUAUAUUUUGAAGUUCCCAAGUCGAACAGAUCUUGUGAGGACAAGUCAUGUUUUACGUAAAGUUGUACUUGGGAUGCUCCAGUUUAGUAUCUAGUGUUAGUAGAAUUACAGUAGAUGUUGUGUACCUUUUCCUUUGCACGAAUAUCCAUGAAAGGUUGUCACAGUUUUUUACUUCUUUUUUUUUCCAUUUUUUCCACAUACAUGUCAUCGCACAGUAUUUUAUAGAGCAUUCCCAUCCUGCAAGUUGCAUAUACAUCUAUCAUUCCAUCUACAUUAAUUGUUCAUGGUAGGACUCUGUAGAUCAUCAUUGUCAUCAUCAUCAUCAUUUCCAUAGUAAGAUAUUUUUUACGAUAAGAACUGAAGUGGGACUCAACGAUGUGCUUCCGUGUUGGGUUACGAAGAAGAUUGAAAAAUAAUAAAAAAAAUAUGAUUAGUGUUUGCAAUACUUUGCAUAGACACUCCAAUUUAUGGCAGAAUUUUUGUUGAAAGCAUAUUACGCAUACUUUUCACAUAAACUGCAUUCUCUUAAAAGAUGGUCAGAAUGAUUACCAUGUCUGUGUGGUUUUGGAACCUGGAGCACAGAUGAUGUUGGUGCCUGACAGUUGUGCUAAAAGAGUUAUAUAUAAUGACCUGUGAUAAUCAUCUCAUGAGGACAAGUUGAACAGGGCCACUAAGCACUGCACAUUAUCAAGUAAGUAGUUACCGACAAAUUGACUUGGUUUUACUUCAUUACUUCUUUGAAAAUGGUAGUUAACAAGUAAGAUAUUAAAGGCAUAUAGCUGUGAUACUGUUAAUUUGUCAUUUAGCCAUGUUUGUCAUGUUAAACACUUGAAAGCAGUGUACACAAUAGUGAGUACAAUUAUUGUCACACAUUGAUCAUACUCUGUACUACUUCCUGUGUAUACAAUAACGGCUCGGAAGCCCGUUAAUUUUGUUGUUAUAUCAAAGAGUAUGAGCGAAGCUUUUCAGUACCUAACUAAAUUUGAUCAAUUGUGAGACAUUGGAUUUGACUUCCUAAAUUGUCAAGUUGAAAUGACCUGGAAAGAAGUGAGAAAAAUACAGAACUUUUGGUGUUGUUCUGGAACUCAAAGCUGAAAGCCAAAUGAUAUUGAAUGUGUACUCUGUUGCAUUGUUGUAAGUAUCCAAACCCUUACAUUUUCUGUAAUUGUGGGUACUGAUAAAACAGUCGUAGCAGUACUCCAUACGAAUAUCACUCCAUAUUAGCUAUGCUGUAUCCUAAAAGAAUUUGGAAUAUUCUUGAAUGUUAUUUCAACAUCUUACAAAGUAAUUCCUUUUAAGAUCCACUUUGCAAGUCAAAACUUAAAAUGCUUCACAUUUUUAUAAUGAAUUUUAAUAAUCGUUUGGCAAUUUUUUUCUACACUUUGGUCACACUUGAGGCUUCUCUGGCAACCUAAGUGCCAAGCUAUAAGAAAUUGCACACAAAUAUUGCAAAAUGUAUUUUAUUGUUAUAGUACUCAAAACAAUGUGUCAUUUCCAUGGUAAGGUUUUCAUCUGUAAAGUUGAUUCAUUUGUUAGAUCUCGUGUCUAAAACUGUCAUUUAUUGUAAAAAGGACCUGUAGAUUUGACCGACUGUAUGUGAUGGUUUGGACGUUAAUUUACUUUAAAGCUAAAUUGCUUGCUCCCUGUGUACGUACAUGCAUAUAUUGUAGAUAUCUGUGAUAUUUUUUAUGCUACAUCACUAUACUUGAGAUCAGGAAUAUUUGAUAUUGGGCUUAAGAAAUCUGCAGAAGUUUUUAAUAUGUAUCCUUACUGUGGACAUCCUGAUAACUUAGUGCACAUUGAUAUGAAGUGUUUAUAAUGGAAUUACAUACUAGCUUUUACCAAACAGAAAGGAUAAGUGCCAUAUUGAAUUGUUACAAUGAUGAAUGGCUUUCCUGAAUGUUUUUUUGUCAUUAUGUGGUACUCCUGUGUGAUUUAACUGUAAAUGGAACAAUGUUACUGUUGUUAAAUUGCAAUUGCAACAUUUCAUAUGCUUCACCACAAACCCAUUACUUUUCCACAGCAUCAUAAUGUGUCACACGCAAUUCAAAGACGUCAUCCAUCAGAAUAAGCUGUAGCAACUUGGUUGUCACAGCUGUUCUUCAGCACUUUCAUUUGCUGCAACUAUACAGGAAUUGUAGUUUCCAGAGUGAAUUAUUGUUCUGAGAUUCUCUGGAACUUUGCCUCGCAGAUUGUGCUUCAGCAAUCAGGCACGUUUACCUUGUUAGACUUUGCUGCAACAUCUCGUGCUCCAUCAGCCUAGGUUUCCAAGUGAUCAUUAUGAUGCAGUCUCUUACACCUUCUGUGCCUUCACUGUGGCUGAUAUCAAGUCCUCCUCCACCUCAGCUUCCACAGCGGACAAACACUAGCGAAUGAUGGUGGAUUGGUUUUCCCCUCUGUGCAAUGGGAAGUGCUGACGUUACCCUGUACUGAGCUUGUCUUGCUGCAGGUCUUGGUGGAUGGAUCCCGAUGCAGUUGCAUCUCCAGUGGAUGCUCUUUCCCCUACAGAUGCCUUCCUGGUUCUCCCUCAGUAUUUGCAAGAGUUCUUGCCAGGUGUCCUACUGCAGUCACUUUUUCACUGAUGGUUUCAAUACUGCCAUGUGCAUGAUGGUUAUCGAUAUGCUCAUGUCUUUGGCUGCUUGGGAACCCAGUUGCACACACAAACACACACCACCCUUGUGUUUCUAGUAUCUUUCUGGCAGAAUCACCUGAACCUGUGUUCUGCUUUAGAUUGCUGCCUGCACAUAAUAUACUAUAUUGCACAUGCUUCAUUGCCUUUGAUCAGACUCUUCCAGUCAUUGAUUAUGGCAAAAGGGGAAGAGUUUCUUCCUAUUUGAGGCAUACUCCCAACUCUCUGGUAAAUUUACCAGAUAUGUUGAUAUGUUGCUCCUCUCUCUGGGUCCCAGAUCACUUGCCUGUUUCUACCUCUGGUGGCUGACACUACUACUUUCUGGAUCCUACUGCUGGCAGCCUUUUUUGUGUUUUUAAAAUCAGUGGAUAUUGUCCUUAGGUUACUUGGCUUGGUUCAUGCCUCAUCAGGAUUCACUGAAGCACCGAUAUACCCAUCUCAAGCCAUUCUUUUGUUUGUUGUCUUUUUGUAUAUCACCCAUUUAUUAUGAGUAAUUCUUUUAUGCCUCUGCUUCAUAUGUUUGGUUUUCAGUAAUUUUAGCAGCUUGUGCACCCAAUCUUGCAUUCAACUGCACAUUCAUGCAGCAUUUGUUAUUUCUACUUUACCUCACACAAAUUAGGUCUCCUUACCUGUUUCAUUUGCCUGCACAGUACAAGUAGAUCUUUUACUUCCUUUUUUCAGUGCAUUUUUCUUUGCACAGUUAACAAUUAAGUCCAGUUUAUCACAGUCGCCUAUGGUUCUGCUCGAUGUUAUGUUUAUCUAUUUGUUGUCAGUAUGACCUGCCAUCUUUUGCCUCGACAUUCGAAGUCUUUGCUACCUUCAGGGAGUUGCGUCUGUGCUUGACCCGUCAUCUUAAGUCAGCUGAACUGGAGUAAUCUGCAUUCUGCCCAUCCAUGCCCCUUUCCCAUUGCAAGUUUUACUCCCAGAAGGUAUCGGCAGCAUCGCGAACUCUUUCUUUGGCGCUGUACUUGUUGGACUCCUCAUAGUAAUUCUCCUCAUUAGGUUUCAGCCAUGGGUUAACUGAGUGUCCAGUAGUACAAGGACUGUGCUCAUCCUUUCCCUUGGAUGCCUCCUCACUGUAGUUUCUGUUCCACUCCCAUUUCUUUUACCGAAGGUUCAUAGCCUUUUUUCAGCCUUCUCAAAUCUUCCCCUCAGCCAGAGAAGUUUUAUCUGACUGAUUGUCUUCCUUGGGAAAAUUGCCUUCAUAACUCUUUGUUGUUCAGCAGUAAGACAAAUGAGUAGCAAAGUGGAUUAUAUUUCACUCUCCUUAACCCCCACAGUCCAGGCUAAUAUACGCUAAUGCAUACUCCCAUGACCGGGCUAAAUUUAAGGAUGGCCAAAUUAAAAAAAAACUAAAAAAAAAAA